UGAGAGCAAGCAGCAUCUGCGCAGCCUGUGAAUGUCGUGUCAUGUGGGCUGUGGACAGUGGGGACUCCUGAACUUGAAAAGUCAGUUGCCAAUAUCACUCUCUUUGGUGCUGAGUGCCUCUCUCCGGACUGGAUGCUUGCAAUCCAGAGGAGCAGCAUCAAUACGCCCUCGUGGAGUGCGUGUCAUCCAAGGCCAAGGGCGACGCCAGCUGAACAGGGAGUAAAAGGCGACAGGCCAUCUCAGCCAAGUGCCAAAGCGCGAGGGAGAUAUAGGGUACACCAGUGUGGAAAUGGCCACAAUGUCGGACGAGGAAAACUUUGCUGAAGGGUCAGGAUCUGGAUUCACGGAGGACGAUCUGUCGCUACCAAAAGCCACAGUCCAAAAGAUCAUCCAAGGCGUCAUUCCUUCUGACAUAUCAUGUGCAAAGGACACGCGCGAAGUGCUCAUUGAGUGCUGCAUAGAAUUCCUCCACCUCAUCUCAUCUGAAUCAAACGAGGUGUGCGAGCGCGAGUCGAAGAAAACCAUCGCACCAGAGCACGUUAUCCAAGCGCUGAGAGACCUCGGCUUCGAGAACUUCGUCGAAGGAGUGGAGGAUAUCUUGAAAGACCACAAACAGAUGGCAAAGGAGCGAGAGCAGAAGAUUAGCAAAAAGGUGCAAGAUAUGGGCAUGACGCCUGAAGAGCUGCAGAGGCACCAAGAGAUGCUCUUCGCCGCCAGCAAGGCGAGAUACGAAGCGACAAACGAUUGACGCACAGGUGAUUUACCCGGCCGUUGCAGUGUAUACUAGCAUUGUACAACAGAGAGAGAAAGGAAUGCAGCCGGGGUAACCCCCAUUGAGAG